UGUGCGUCAUACGCUGUCGCUGCUCGAAAUAUUUUUCACUUGGCCAUUGUACGCAUUGUUGUAUACAUAUAUAUACACGAACACACAUACACGUAUACGUAUACACUUCAAUAUAAAAUCGAGGUUACACAACUAACGGUAAAUUGAACGUUUUUUUUUUUUUUUUAAAUUAAAAAAACGAGGAGUCAACAACUAUAAACGGUAUUAAAUAAAGAAAACCGAAAAAAUCAACAAAAAUUCGAGAAAACAACAAAAACCGACCGCAACAUCGCACUAGAGUAUUAUGCUGUCUGCCAAGUGCAAACAAUUAUACGUAUUUGAUAAUAUAUUUGAAAAUAUAAAUAAUGUCGACGGCCUGACAAAUACAACCAAUCUAGGAGCACGCCGCUUUGUUGAUACGAGUUCAGUGAACGCCGCGAUAGGCUUCAGGCCGCGGAGGCCGCCUCGCCUUCUAUAGGCGCGUAUACAUUUAUAUAUAAAAAUAUCGAAUUUUAGUCCCCAUCUCGUUGGCCAAUCUAUUUUUUUAUACUCCCUUCGCCGUGUCGUCGAGAAACGAAUCUUCCGAUCACGCGACGUCGAUAUUAUCGAGUUAAUAAUUUUAAUCAGGUUCGCAAAGGAGGAAUAAAAUAAAUCAUUUAAAAUACACAGUUCGGCAGUGUUUGGUUUUAUCGUUGCGCGCGCAACGGGAUAUCGUGUUUGUUGAUUCGAGUGGCUUUUGUUUUUUCGUUCCGAUCGCUCGUUUUAUUAUCCGUCUCUAUUAAUUGUUGCUGUGAGAGUGAUUCGUUGAUGUGCUAAGUAAUUUAUAAAUUGUCACGACGAGAGGCGAAAAGGAGAGAAGGAAAUUAUUCGAAAUCAAGAUAAUACGUACAAGUGCGUGUGUUUUGUGUGGUGUGAAAUGUACCGCACGUAUCGUUGAUAUAAAGACUUGGUGUUCGGUGAGCCCCUCGCCCUCGCACCGUUUGUGAAACGUCGUUCGUUAUUUUUUAUUUAGCCAACGUUUUGUGACAUUAUUUCUCAUCGAGUGCGCCGGUAUCUCGUCUCGUUUUCGUUAAUCCCAGAGAGAGAAUCGGCGACAUCGAACGUCGUUCGAGUUCCCUUGCAACUUUCGAAAAAAAAAAAAAAAAAAAAAACAGGUAACAAAAAAAGGCAACAAUCAACCAAGAAAACUGAGUGCUCGGUGGAAUAUCCGAGAGUGGUGGGUAAAAAUCGAAAAAAAAAAAAAAGAAAAAAUCGCGCUACGCAACAAGUGUGACGUAUUCGAACGAUAACACCGACAGAAUGUCAACGGGAAAACGACUCGCGAAGCGGAGUAUAAUCGGUACGCGGGUUUGCGCUCCGGGCGUCGACGGAAUGUAUUACAGCGGCGUUAUUCACGCCGUGAAAACGCCGGCUUCGAUGGCAUCCGAACCCGGUCUGAGCAUAACGCCGAAAACUCGUUACUCCGUGAGAUUCGACGCCGUACCCGGGGGGCGACCGCCGAGUCCUACCACGGAAUAUUCGGACUCCGAUCUCAUCGGUCCUGGAUUCGGAUCCGUCACCGGCGCAAAACUCGUACCCGGACAAAAAGUUUACCUGACCUUCAACGGCAGGGAAAUCCACGCGGAGGUCACCCAGCACAGGGAGAAUCUCGACGAGGUCGACGUACUCAUAGCACCCACGGGACAAGAGAGUACGGUGACGUUGACGAAACGCAUCGAGGAAGUCAGACUGUUGGAGUCCAGAAAAAGCGCUCGCCUUGCCGACCAGGACACAGAUUUUGCGAGGCUGGCCGACAUGGCCGGUGACCGGAAGAGAGCCUCUUCUCAUUCCAUCGAUGUGCCGCACGUUAUUGGGUCGAGGAAGAGGAGACCGAGCUCGGGAAAUGAUUCCGAGAGGUCCUACGGCGGUGGCGAGAGACCGUUGCACGGAUGCGGUCGAGAAGGAUGUCGAACCAACGAAAGAGGCGACUGCAUGGACGAAUGUACAGCGGCUCUCGUACUCAUGUCACUCUCUUGUUCACCCCACAGCCCCCACAACCCUCUGCCGUUACACUGCCAGCACAAUUACGGGUCAUGGGGAGGUCGCGAAGGUGUCGUGGUCGGAUCACCGGGGGCGGGCGGAGCCUCGAACAGCAGCAGCAGCGGCGCUUCGUGGCGCAGCGGAACGCCGAGUCCACCCCUGAGCGACGAGGGAACGCCGAUGACCCCGUCGCCUUGGCCCACACCGGCGAUUCCCUCCUCGUCCCAUCACCACGCCAACACGACGCACCACAACAAUAACGCGAACACUUCCGGUUCCUCGUCGUGCAGCACUCCCGGAUCCACGACCACCCUCGACGAGGGAAUCGUCCUCGAUUACCUGGGGGAGCAACAUCCGCGCAAGAAAAAGGCACACCGCAUGGUCUUCCAAUGCACCUGGCCUGGAUGUCUCGAAAUUCAAACUACGUGCGCUGCCAUUGAAGAGCACGUGAGGAAACUACAUUUGGGGCCCAAGGAAACGAAAGAUGGCGAUGACAACGAGGACGACGACAUGUCCAGCCACGAGGAAGAAUUUUAUUACACGGAGGUGGCCCUCGGAUGCCACACCAGUUCUCCGCCCACCAUGUCUCACCGUGACAUGGCCAGACCUCCCCACGAGGAUCCGGAGUAUCAGAAACAAUUACGCCUGGAAGCUGCACCCGCCGAAAAUAUAGCAGCCCCCGUCAAAGACAGGACCAACGCGUUCAACGUCACUCCGUCUCCGAGUUCACCGGUGAAGCACAUAAAGCUGUCGCCGAGGACUCUACCGUCUUACAUGCCGAACAACGCACUCCUGGCCGUCUCCAGUAAAAUGCCGGCGUCACCCCGCCGUAUGCGCGGGGACACGAAGAAAUGUCGCAAGGUAUACGGAAUGGAUCAUCGCGAAUUGUGGUGCACUCAGUGCAAGUGGAAAAAGGCUUGCAGUCGCUUUGGCGAUUAGGUGUUAACGAACGGUUGCCGUCAAUUACUGAUCUCCAGACACGUCGUAUUGACCCCAAAGUUUGCCAAUGUUAGGUUUGGCUGAACCGAACUUCCUUCCAAAGACUACAUCUAUGUGUUGACUGAGAAGACCGCGAACUGUCAGGUACAGAACAAUUACAGAAAAGUAUUUUCUAUUUUUUAUUAUUCCUUUUCACGUACGAUUCUUUUCGCAAUUUUUCGUAACGAAGAAACGUGCCGUGUUGAUAAAGAAUUUUAUCGAUCCCAUGACGGAUUGUAGUUAUCGUCUCGAGGCUGGACCUCUCGCGUUGCUCUCGGUGAAACUAUACUUUUCACCUUUCGCUGAUUCGAUUUGUACAUAGAUCGCCCCCCGGAACUCCGAUACCCCCUCAAUUUUUAUCGAGCUGCGUCACCGACUGCGCUUUUCCACCCCCAACCCCCCCCCCCUCCCCCACCCCACCCACCCCCAACGUACAACAAAGUUUGUCGUAUGUCCCAACUAACGAAAACCCCGAAAUUUUUAACAAACAUUUAACCACCUCCCUGCGUAUAAUGUUGGAAAAUUUUUCUCUACGAUCGCUGCGUUACUCGAUAUAAUGAAAGAAAAAAUAAUCCGAAAACAUUUCAUCGGCUCGCUCUAUUUUAUUUUCGUCUUGACACAGUUUGAAGUUAGUGACAAUUGUUAGUUACUGGCCGAUGGAAUAUUUUAUUAUUUGCACAAACAAGACCGAACUGUAAUUGAUCCGACGAUGAAUGUGUGACGCAUAACGAAUUCAUACUUCGAAUUGACGUGAAGCUCAUUUGGCUGACUGAAAACCGUAAUCAGACUUUGCUCGUUUUUUUUUAAUAUCUGUGAUUUAUUUUCACUCUAGAGGGUCGUCCGUCGAUCGAGUGAACCGUUAAAUAUCUGUAGAGUGCAAACUCUGGAAUUCAGAAAUUUUGCAUUCGUUGAAACAGAACUUAGCAAUUGGCAAACUGUAAUGGGGUCCCUUCGUGAUAACUAAAAAGUUGAAAUGAGUAUAAAGUGUUCAGGAAUCGGCAAUCAUGGACUAGAGGCACUUUAAGUGCGAAAAAUUGGCCGUUCCUGGUUCACUUGAAAAUAUCGGUCAGGAAAUGGUACCCAGAGCUAUCAGAUGCAAUCAAUUUUCAUGAAGAAAGGCUCAUAAUAAUUGAAAAAAAAAAUAACCGGAUUGGAUUAGUCUGAUUGAAAAGUGAAGAAAAAAAAAAAAUAAUAAUAAUAAUAAUAGCAAAUUGUGAUAUUUUGUCUAAAUUAUUCGCAGUCCUUGUGGGACGGAAACAUAGGGAAAAAAACGAAAAAAAAAAAAACAAAAAAAAAAAUGGAAAAAUAAAUUUUAUACACCGAUCUAUACUGCCAGACAAGUUGAAAAAAAAACUAUAAAAAAAAAUGAAAAAAAAACACAGAGUAAGUAAUAUAAAAUAAAACGCUAAAGUAAAUGAAUAAAAAAAAAGGAAGAAAGAAAGAAAAUGUUGAAGUUUCGUAAUGUUGCGUCUUAUAUACACAUACGUCGAUAUAUAGUCUAGCCUUGGUAGCUGUCACUGUUUGACAACCGUAAGACUGCUUGAAUAAAAAAAGGUAAAAAGAAAAAAAAGAAAAAAAAAAUAGAAAAGAAGCUAUAUACUACGUCGGCAGAGUAGUUACCUCGGCAAGUUACUCGAUACAAUAAUUUAUCCGAAUACGUUGAACGGAAAUAGAGUUGCGGCAACAUUUGGAUAGACGUUAAUAAAUGAAAUGAAUCAUAGAAUCGGUUAUCGAAAUACACCCCGUCACUCAAGUGCUGAACAAUCGACAAAUUUAACAUUCGUAAAAUACUGUCCGAUCGUUGCCUCCGACUCUGUUCCAGUUGAAGGAAAAAGAUGAUUAUCAGGUGCGGAGCUCUCUAGUAAACCUAUUGCAAGGAAAAAAAAAAUAAAAAAAAAAAUGAUAGUACGAAAGUAAGUAAAACUAAAGAAAAGAAAUUGAGACAGAAAACUUCUGAAAUCUGAACCGCAAAUAUUAUCCAUUGUUAUAAAA